GAGUCACGAUCCCUUCCCUUCUCUAUUGGGUUUCAAAUUUUUUUUUUUUUUUUAUAUUUCUGUUUUUCUCCAUCUUUGUGACUCCAAACUCUGGUAUUAAUGGAGUCCUUGGCAAUUAAUCGUCUGGGUUUUUUCAAAUUACCCAUAACUUUAAACCAACGGGAUUCCGCGUUUAGACCUGUAAGACAAGUGGGUUUCGGUUCUUGUUGGAGAAGACGCAUUGGAAAUAGGUGUUUGAGGGUUGUCAAGGCGGUUGAAGAUGGCAAUGGUGGGAACAAAGAUGGGGCUGUGGAAGAUGAGAAGGAAGAUAAGGAGGAAGUGGAGGAGGUGGGUCUUUUUCUGGGCAUGGAGAGGGAUGAAUCUGGUUCUAUUAUUGGUUUUAAUCUCAGUCCUCAUUAUGGUCGUACUGAAGUCAUUGACUCUGAUGAAGAUGCAGUUACUGAUGUGCAAGAGAAACAAGAGGAAAUCGAAGAAGAUGUUUCCGAAACCAAAGUAACCUACAAUGUUGUUUUUGUUACUGCUGAAGCAGCACCUUAUUCAAAGACGGGUGGAUUAGGAGAUGUUUGUGGUUCUUUGCCCAUUGCACUAGCUGCUCGUGGCCACAGAGUCAUGGUUAUCUCUCCUCGUUACCUAAAUGGUACUGAUUCAGACAAAAGCUUUGCUAGUGCUUUAGAUCUGAAUCAGCGGAUCAAGAUAUUUUGUUUUGGAGGGGCACAAGAGGUUUCAUUCUUCCAUGAGUAUAGAGAUGGAGUUGAUUGGGUAUUCAUAGACCAUCCUUCAUACCACAGACCUGGAAAUCCUUAUGGUGAUAAUCUUGGUGCUUUUGGUGAUAAUCAGUUUCGGUUCACCUUACUUUGCCAUGCAGCAUGUGAAGCUCCAUUGGUGCUUCCACUGGGAGGGUAUACCUAUGGAGAGAAAUGUCUCUUCCUUGUCAAUGAUUGGCAUGCUGGUCUAGUGCCAGUGCUUUUGGCAUCCAAAUAUCGUCCAUUUGGAGUUUAUAGAGAAGCUCGAAGCAUUCUUGUAAUUCAUAAUCUUGCUCAUCAGGGAGUGGAACCUGCAGCAAGUUACAAGAAUUUGGGAUUGCCUCAGGAGUGGUAUGGGGCACUUGAAUGGGUGUUCCCUACAUGGGCAAGGACACAUGCACUUGACACAGGCGAAGCUGUCAAUGUUUUGAAGGGUGCAGUUGUUACAGCAGACCGGAUACUGACAGUUAGUGAGGCCUAUUCAUGGGAAGUAACAACCAUUGAAGGUGGAUAUGGUUUACAUGAUCUAUUAAGAAGUCGAAAGAGUGUACUGAAUGGGAUUACAAAUGGCAUUGAUGUUGCUGAAUGGGACCCAUCCUCAGAUGAGCAUAUUGCUUCUCAUUACUCUGCUGAUGAUCUCUCUGGAAAGGUUCAGUGCAAGAUUUCUCUACAAAAGGAACUAGGUCUCCCUGUUAGGCCUGAAGUUCCCUUGAUUGGGUUUAUUGGAAGACUGGACUACCAGAAAGGUAUUGACCUGAUACGUUUGGCAACUCCAGAGCUUCUGCAAGAUGAUGUACAAUUCGUAAUGCUUGGCUCAGGGGACCCACAGUAUGAGGACUGGAUGAGAAUGGCAGAAUCAAAUUACAGAGACAAAUUUCGGGGUUGGGUUGGAUUUAAUGUUCCUAUUUCUCAUAGAAUCACUUCAGGGUAUUUGAAAUCUCCCAUAUUGUGCUGUGACAUAUUAUUGAUGCCCUCAAGAUUUGAGCCCUGUGGAUUAAAUCAAUUGUAUGCAAUGAGAUAUGGAACCGUACCAGUAGUUCAUGCCACAGGAGGACUACGAGACACGGUGGAGAAUUUCAAUCCUUAUGCUGGAGAAGGCAGUGGUGAAGGUACAGGAUGGUUAUUUUCUCCACUUACAACAGAAAGCAUGCUGGGGGCGUUAAGGACAGCAAUGCAGACCUACAGAGAACAUAAAGAAUCUUGGGAGGGAUUGAUGAGAAGAGGAAUGAAGAGGGACUUCACAUGGGAAAGUGCUGCCAAACAAUACGAGCAGGUCUUCGAAUGGGCCUUCAUCGAUCCCCCAUACUGUUAGCUGAAGCUGAGGAUGAAACUCUGAAAGAGAAGACAGUAGGAAAUUGGUAAAAUGGAGCAUUUUUCUUUCUAUUAUUAUAAUCAAAUCUUCAUUUUUUUAUAUAGGAGAAGUUCAUGCUCAAUAUUGCGGGAACUGGAUUCUUCUUGAACACCAUACUAGGCUGAGCUUAGAACUGUCAUUAUACAUUUUGUAAUUGUGCUGCUUUCAUUCUUUUCAGCUAGCUAUAGUAAAAAUAAAUUACCAUGGAAGACCCUGCGUUGUUGUCAUUCCCACAAUGUAGGGUUAAUAAUAGCUUGAAUUCAGUCUUGAUGAUGAACUGGAAUUGGAAAAUAGUUAAUCAGUGUAUGUUUUCAUAUGAUUUUGUUGAGGUGAGCCCUUAUUUAUUUAUUU